AUGGAAAUUGAUACACCCUCCACCAAACGGCCGGCGCGGUCCUCCGUAACACCAGAGCGCGAUGCACAAAGUGAACAUAAUAGCGAUGAUGCUGGCGUCAACUCGCCUGUCAUAUUGACGCCGGGCGCGAAGAUUCGGGCUAUUAUGGCGGCGUAUGAUACGGAUACAGAUUCGGAGGGGGAAAGGGAGAAGCAGACGGAAACUAACAGGUCAACUCACCCUUCUAAUGCCGGCGGCAAUAGUAACGAUAGCGCGAAGAUGAAGCAACCUGUGUCGAGGGCGCUUUUCACGCCAUUUGCGGCCGCGAAUUUCUAUCGCCCCCGGGAUGAUGAUGGGGAUGCGGCCGAGGAGGAAGACGAGUUACCCAUGCAGCCGAAGGGGAGGAUGGCGGCACGGAUGCAGACGUCAGCGGUAGAGCAGAGUGCGACUACGACUGCGAGUGCGUACGAACGGGUUUCCAAGGGAAUGAUCCAAGCGCGGGAAGAUACUACUGCUAGUGAUAAGGGGAUUCGUCCUCCGUCUUCUGAGGACGAGGAUGAGGAUGAGGAUGAGGAUGAGGAUGUUCGCGCUGUUGGAAGGAGGAGAUCGUCCGCAGCAGCAAGGGAAUCUCGUCGUUCAUAUUCCCCACUUUUUGUGCCGGAGGGUUCACCGAAACUGAAUGCAACUACAGACAAUGACAUGGAGACAGACGACGAGGUCCAAACGACUAUGAGGAGGAGAACGGGUUGCGGAGGUAGAUCUGCUUCGAUAACGUCUAACAGGUCCUUUUCGCCGUUGUUCGUUUCUCAGGAUUCCCCCACCACGAAAAGGAACAAUGGCGCUACCCGGGAUGCAAUGGAAACAGAUGAUGAGGAUGAGGGGCUCGGACCACCAAACCAUAACAGACUCAUGGCCCUGGUUGAGAAGAAGCGAAAGGAGCGUGAAGCCCGCGAACAACUAGAAGAGGAGAAGAAAGCUGCUAGAUUACAGCGAUCGAGCGAGGUACAGGAAACAAUACUCAGCUCCGAUCGCCUUAGUGACGAUGCUGAUGAUUCGGAGUCCGGGAGGAAGUUAACACAACAUUCGCGUCCCUCAGCUCGUAAAGCGAGCAAGAAGGCGUUGCUGGAGAUGAACCGCGAGACGCAACGUAUGAGUCGCAAUAUGCAGUUGGCCCACCAGGCUGUUACAAGGAAAAAGAUUACGCUAGAUAGUUUCCUAGCUAAAUUUAAUAGCAAAAGCUCGUCUCUAAAUGCGGCCGAGGCUACGAGUUCUGCUCCCGCUUCGUCAGACCAUGAGGAAGGGCAGGCUAGACAUAGUACGCCGCCUACUUCACCCUUGAGAGAGGGAAUUUCAGAGGACAAACCAGUCGAGGAAGCCGGCGAAGAUAGCAGUAAGCGAAUUAGCGUGUCGAAGGAUGACGACAACAUUUAUAUUCCAUCCGUGGAAGAGAUAUUCGCUGGAUCCGCGCAGGUUUCUCACGAACCAGUUGAUCCCUCUCGUCCGGAGCGACAGGCCUCGAAAGCGCCGUCCGUAACCCCAGCACCCGGAAUACCCAGCAAAACAACACGACCCAUCCGUAUCCGCCUCUCCCGCCAGUCGAUAGAGGAGAGUCAAAAGAACAACACCGAUUCUGAUUUGGAAAUCAUCACUUCCCCUGCGAAAACGCGUCGUAUCGCUGUCUUUGAGAAUUUGCCGACGCGUAAUAACCAGUCAUGCUCCACACUACUAAAACUUAGAACCCUAGCACAACUCACGUCUCCGACGCGCCAGCGACAGACAACCAUGAUGACGCGCAGUGAGUUGGAUAACAAUCUUUUCCGACGCGCGCGGCUACAGGCAUUGCAGGAGCGGCAGGAGAAGAUCGAGGAGCUGAGAGCUAAGGGUGUUGUUAUAGAGACUGCGGAGGAACGCAUGCGUGUUAAUGAUGAGGUUGAGGAUUUGCUGGAGAAAGCUAGAGGGCAGGCGGAGGAGAUUGCGAGGAGGGAACGGAAAGCGGCAAAGAAGGAUGGUAGACACCUUGAUGCUGUUGACCUGGAUGAUAGUGAGGAUGGGGAUUACCAGGGCGCGGAUGGGGAGGUCCUUUCUGAGUCUGACGAAGAGGAAGGGGAGGACAUCAUAGUAAGUGAUGACGAGGAAGUGGAAGCUGAAGAAUUAGAAGAAGACGAUAGGCGCGUUGAUGAGGGAGAAGAGGGUACUGGAUUCGUCCAUAAUGAAGCAGACGAAGCUGAGGUCUCAGAAGAUGAGGGUGAAGAAAGUGAAUCAGGCAACCAUCAAGUACAAAGGACAGACGGGAAUUUCCCAAGGAGAAACCGGAGGCGCGUUAUUAGCGACGACGAGGAUGAAGAUGGAAAUGUGGAUGUUGCUCCGAUACCACAAGAAACGCCCGUUCGAUCACAGGCCCGACCCCUCUUCCCAGAUUUUGGAGCCUCUCGGACCCCAUUAAUGGGCCUAACGCAGGCAUUCGGGGCUACUUUCGCAGAUAGCCAGGAUAACGAAGAGGACUCUCUCGCCAUGCUUCGCAGGAUGCCAGAUAUUGAGUGCCCUGUUGAUCAACUUCUACUGGAACGAGACUCGCAGGAAAUUGUUCGUGACAGCCAGGGCCAGGAUUCCGUCCCGCUCGAUCUAUUCGCGAGUUACCCACGAGCUGAUGGGGAGGACCGGGUGUCAGAGUCUCCUGCGGCUAGGACGGUCACAUCAUACUCCCAGGCGCCUGAACCGACGCAGGAUGCUGGAUUUGUGUAUUCUCCAUUUGACCAGGGGAAGAGGUUUACCGAUGUGCAUGCACGGGUACCUACGUCGACGAUCGAUACCGUGCCCGUUGGUGAAGAUCAAUCCCCCAUUGCCCGACGGACCGGGGGGACAAGAAUUCUGCGGCGUGGACCCGUGGCUGAUCUUUCCGAUGUUGACGAGGACGAUGAUGAAGGGUUCCUGGUUAAAUCUAGUGCCUUUGAUGUCAUGCGCACGGCUGCGAACAAGAAAACGCAAAAGACUUCGCAGACUCCAUUUGACAAGUCUAAAAGCAGGGCGCGUGAUGUUAUUGAUGAGGUGGCUGAGGAGUCUGAGGAUGAGUAUGCGGGGUUGGGAGGGGCGAGUGAUGAGAGUGCUGGCGAAGAGGAUGAGAUUGAUCUUAGUAUGAUUAAUGACGACGGUGGGGAAGUGGUUGAUGAGAAGGAGUUGGCUGCACUUAAUGCAAAUCACUCAAGACAACAGGACGAGCAGCAAGUCAAUAAGCUGAUGAGGGACAUCGCUACUGGUGCUCUUCGCCGCAGGCGCGGAGCCGGCGGUGAUGAUCUGGACCUUUCCGAUUCAGAUGAUGAACGCCUCGCCGCGCGCCGUCGUGCGAAGAGAAGAGAAUUCGCCAAGAUGCGUAAAGCUCUCCUGGCCGAUGAGAAGAUCGGUCAGAUAGCGGAGGAUCCCAAAAAAACUGCUUUCCUGCGCACUAUUGAAGAUAGGGAUGUGGAUAAUGAUGUGCCGAUGGUGGAUUUUUUGGAAGGCGGAAACACGAGUAGCUCACAGGACACGUCGCAGGAUAAUACUGUCAGCGGUCAUCAACAACAACAGGAAGGAGGGGCGAACGAUCAUUUUGCAGAAAGGGAAAAUGUUUCUGCUAUUGGCAAUAAUAAGCGCAAGCGCCCACUUGACCAGUCAGGUCCCGAUGCGCUGAACCGUCCACCGCCGCACAUGCGCCGUACGGCGGAGAACCCUAGCAGGAAGAAGCCCUUGACGCUCGCUGAGAUCCGCGAGUCGGUGUCUUUCCUCCUUGAUGGGGGCGAUUCUAAUGCCUCGGAAUCGUUCGACGAGGAUAUACUGCUCUCUGAUGAGGAGACAGAGAGGGAGACCGAAGUCACCAACGAGCAGCAGCGUGAAGAUGACAUAGAAACCCGCCUCUUCUCCGCUGAUGAUAAUAAUGACAGCAACAACAACAGCGACAAGCCUAUCCAGGCACCUGCCAACGGCCGCGGUGUCACAGGUUCCGAUUAUAACCACAUACACCCCCGUCGCCGACAGCGCGGGAAAGUCGUCGACCGCCUCUCACUCCGCAGACAGGCAUCCUCCAACGCCGCCUCCGGCUCCACAACGUCAACCACCGCUUCAGGGUCCCGCCAAGCCUUCUUCUCCAAUGACAGCACGCCACUCUUCAAGCGCCCACCGCUACUCAUUCGGCGCGCAACGGCAUCUUCAUCCUCAUCAUCGUCGUCUUCUUCGGCGGCAGCUACUGCGGCAGUGACAUAUGGCGCGAAACCCGUGGUGUCGGUGACGGAGUCACGAGCGGGGAUGCAGUUGCAGGGUGGCUUGGGUAAAGGUUCAUUUCUCCAAGCUAUAUGUACGUAG